AUGAGUGACAGCGAAGCUCAAGCCACAGGUGCACCUGGCACAAAAACUAACCCAGGCGAACGAAACAAGCGCGACUGGGAUGAAGCUUGUUUGGAGAACCCUGCCGAUGAGGAUCAAUCAACCUAUCUGCCCGAGCUAGGCACUUUCAGCAUAUUCUGUCCCCUCGCACCUCAUAAAGACAGAGGCGGUUUUGACGAAUGGUUUACUGCUGCCGAGCAAUGUCUCCGUCCUACCAACCUCCACCACCUCCUCGAUGCAGCCAUCCAACGACCCUCCUGGAAUUCCCCCAACGCAGAAAAAUGGAUGCACCUAUCCCAGCAAGUCCGCGCCUGGCUAGCAAGCAGGAUGGAUGCAAAUAUAGUUCAAGAGAUCAUGGCACGUGGUGGGCGAGUGACCUUUGCUGAUGAAUUCAUGACCGAGACACGAAAGGUAAUGCGUGACGAGGGACAUACUGCGCUGUCCGCUGCGAUCUUGAAAUUCGUCAGAACAAGCCUCUCUGAUUUCAACGGCACAGAGGAAUUCAUCAACACCCUGACAUGA